AUGGCGAACGCAGUGGCAGCUGGCGGGGUGACUAGCGGCUCCAGCCGGAAGAGGAUUAUGAGGGAGGAAGACAUGACUAAAGUGGAGUUUGAGACCAGCGAGGAGGUGGAUGUAACUCCCACGUUCGAUACCAUGGGGCUGCGGGAGGACCUGCUGCGGGGCAUCUAUGCCUAUGGGUUUGAAAAACCAUCAGCUAUCCAACAAAGAGCAAUAAAGCAGAUUAUCAAAGGAAGAGAUGUAAUAGCACAGUCACAGUCUGGUACAGGCAAAACAGCAACAUUUUUGUGUGUCUGUUCUUCAGUGUUUAGACAUUCAGGUUCGUGAAACACAGGCUUUAAUCUUGGCACCGACCAGAGAAUUGGCAGGGCAGAUUCAGAAGGUACUUCUUGCUUUGGGAGAUUAUAUGAAUGUACAGUGUCACGCUUGUAUUGGAGGAACCAAUGUUGGUGAAGAUAUCCGAAAACUGGAUUAUGGGCAGCAUGUUGUUGCUGGAACACCUGGACGUGUAUUUGAUAUGAUCCGCCGCAGAAGUUUAAGAACGCGUGCCAUUAAAAUGCUAGUUUUGGAUGAAGCUGAUGAGAUGCUUAAUAAAGGGUUCAAGGAACAGAUUUAUGAUGUAUAUAGAUACCUGCCUCCUGCCACCCAGGUUGUCCUGAUCAGUGCUACUUUGCCACAUGAGAUUUUGGAAAUGACCAAUAAAUUCAUGACUGAUCCCAUACGUAUCCUGGUGAAGCGUGAUGAGUUGACAUUGGAAGGGAUUAAGCAAUUCUUUGUAGCUGUUGAGAGAGAAGAAUGGAAGUUUGACACUUUGUGCGAUUUGUAUGAUACGCUGACAAUUACACAGGCUGUGAUCUUCUGUAAUACAAAAAGAAAGGUGGAUUGGUUGACCGAGAAAAUGAGAGAAGCCAACUUUACAGUGUCUUCAAUGCAUGGUGACAUGCCACAGAAAGAACGAGAAUCCAUUAUGAAAGAAUUCAGAUCGGGUGCCAGUCGAGUUCUUAUUUCCACUGACGUGUGGGCCAGAGGACUGGAUGUGCCACAGGUUUCCUUGAUAAUUAACUAUGACCUCCCCAAUAACAGAGAAUUGUAUAUCCACAGGAUUGGUCGUUCAGGACGUUACGGUAGAAAAGGUGUGGCCAUUAACUUUGUAAAGAAUGAUGAUAUUCGUAUCUUGAGAGAUAUUGAACAGUACUACUCUACUCAGAUUGAUGAAAUGCCCAUGAAUGGUAUGUACAUACAUUAUCUUAAUAUUUAG